UACAUUUUUCAAAUUAAUAGCGCUUGGCUGUUGUCACUAACUUGUCGUCCAAGGUCCAGCGGCUGUUCCGUGUCCCGACGAGCCGACGGCGACGGCGAUUGAUCAAAAUUCCACCAACAAAGACACAAGUUUCACGGCCUGUGAAACCCUAUUUGCAAGACUCAACGGUUUACAUCUUAUUUCAUGGCCCAGAAAGAGGAGCGAUUACCGAACAGAGACGAGCUCGCCGAGUCGCUUAAUGAAUUCUUCACCAGGGUGUCCGAAAUGAUCAAAUCGGACCUUCUUGGAUCAAGCAAUCAGCUGGAACUUUUAGAGAGAAUGAACUCGAGGGUGGCUGAAGAGUACAAAGGUUAUGGGGAUGUGGCUUCUGGAAUGAGGGUUUUUGUGGAGCAGUUGAAGUCAAAGAGUGGUGGGUUUGAUGAGUAUAUACACCAAAUUGAGAAAAUAGAACAUCAGGUGACCGAAUUUGAAGCUGUAAUUUCAAUGCUUGAUAAGCAUGUUUCCAUGUUGGAGUCCAAGGUGUUGUCUGUUUGUCAAAACACGCCUUAAUGAAGAGAUUGAUUUUUUUCAUCUUCAAA